GAUUGUCUAUAGUCAUAAAUGACAGCAGCAAAAAAUCAGCGACGGCGAAUAAAGGCGGAAUUAUUGCAUUUUGUAAAACACUCAUAUGUGCAAUUAUUGUUCAACUCUGAUUUCUUUCGGCAAGUAUGAUGUCUACGACAGAAGGAGAACUGGAUGUCGAGGUGUCCCAUGAACUCGAAGAUGGCGAGUUAGAGGAUUCAGACGUUGAAGAGGGUACGUACAUCCCUUUGACGCGCCCAGAAACCUUCAACCCGCCGUCUUUAGUGAACAUGCAGAUACAAGAUGAGCAGAGCGACGAAGAUACGGGGUUAGAGUCUUCGGGCUCCGAGUCGGACGACGAACCGCGUCGACGCCCAAAGCGCACCAAACUGAGGCCGAAACGACCGCAGCCGCAAACACAACCCGACAAAAAAGAUAAAUAUAACGUCUGGUGUAAAGCAUUGCAGGAGGACCUCCUUACAGAAGAUAUGGUAACCUGUGAUGUAACAAAGAAAAGAAAUUAUGGCGUUGAAUCUUAUGAUUACACUAUUAAGUAUAGAUUAGAUGAUGACUAUGUUUCAAAAAAAGUUUUUACAAAUAGUCGCCCUCACAAACAAAAUGAUUUUAAAACUAAUAAGAGGAGUUACUCUGACAGGUCGAAUAAAAAGUUUAGACAAGGCAAAAGGAUUAAUAGCGAACAUCCGCUAGAAGAGAAGCAGCUGCCAAGAGUUUUACCAGAUCUUGUUGUAACACCAGAUCAACCCACAGAACUAGUAGCUCAUGACAUAGCUGAGAAGUUGUCUGAAGAAAAGAAAGAAUUACUUGCCAGAAUAGUUCAAGUAACUGGUUCAAGUAAAGCUAUAGAAAUCUUUAAAGAGACACAGAGAAUUGAAGCAGAUGGUGGAAUGCUUGUUAUGAAUGGCACACGUAGGCGCACGCCAGGCGGUAUUUUCUUCUUUCUAUUGAAACGUGACGAUGAAGUCUCGCAGGUCAUGAUCAAUGAUAUAUUCAAUGAGGACCGCAGGGAGAAUGCUCGCAAGAUUAAGAAAACGCGAACCAAGAACCGCCAGAAGGUCAUGGAGCAGUUGAAACAGAGCCUUACAGAUUCAGAACUGCCAUCGCUGCUGUCUCGUAGCGAGGCGACCGUGCAGUCGGAGCACGGCUCCAACCCGCCGCCGUCGCCGGCUACGGACGCGCGUGACGGCUCCAGUGACACGGACGCGCACGCCGACCUGCCGCCCUCGCCGCCGCGCCCGCGCGCUCCCCUCCCCGACCGGACGGACGCGAGACAAGUGCAGAACUACGAUGAUGACGAUUUCUUAGAAGUUAUGUGCAAUGAAGAUAUGGAGUUGUUCUGAAUAUGAGUUAUCCCCGGUGCUGUGUGCCUCUUAAUUUUAUUUUAGAGUCAAAUAGUAAGUCCGUGUUCACAAGUGUCCAUUCGCCAGCGUAUCAGUGCGCGAGUAUGUUCGUUUGCGGAAAUGUCUCCAUUUGUAUCUGUGAGUGUGUGUGGGAUGUGUGGACUUUUGUAAUUUUUUCUUGUUAAAACUACUUGUUUGGGUGAACCAUAAUUUAAAUUCGUACAGUACGAAUUUGAUAGUAGUAUAUCCUAUGUGGAUGUUGAACUAUGAUUAUAUUAUGCUUUCGAGUUUUCACAAAUAGUGUAAAAAGGAAGGAAUCCUAGAUACAUCUAUUCAUUAGGGCCUGCACAAAUGAAGGACUAUUUGUUAGGAAUUUAAUAUGGUGUUUUGUCAUACUAUUAAUCAAUCGUAUGCAUUAUACGAUACAGUUGUUAGGUGAUCAACUUUUGUCCUCCAUGGAUAACAAUCCAUCAUCUGCGCAGGCCCUCAUGUUGAUGAUUAUUAUUAAAUUUUUUAAAGUAAUGUCUCUUAUGUUAUGAUUACUUAGUAAUAGUUUUAUGCUUUUUCAGCGAAACUUAACCAUUUUUAAAUAUUCAGGUAUGUCUUUACCGACUUUGAAUAUAAAAGGCCUAUUAUGUCACUUUUUAUAAUACAAAUGUAGUCAGAUUAGAAAUUAAGAAUGUGACAAUCUACAAAACAACAUUAGCGAAAGUGCAGAAUUUCAUGUAAUUGUAGUUUUGUGAAAUAUUAUUCAAAGAAACAAGUCUUUUGUUUCAUAAUAUGUAAUAAUUUUUUGAUCUCACAGGCACAAUUUUUAUAGGAUACAAUUCAUUGCACUGAAGAAUGCAAAGCUCUGGUGUCUAUGGUUCAUGAUUUCGAUAAAUUAUAUAUACAUGCACCGCGAGUGAAGCGGUUAGGUGUGUAAAUUAGCUUUGAACUUAAUUGUGCUAUUUUAUUGCAUAAUACCUUAUACAGACACCAUACAAGUUAUUGAAACGAUUUAGCACUAGGAGAAUCAAAGAUUGACAUUUCGGUAUGGACGUGGGUUAGGGCUACUAUACUCUAUCUGUGGAAAAAGGUAAGUAUAGCGCUCUCUCAGUUACGUAAUUUAAAUUAAAAAUUAAAUUGGAAGUUUUGCAAAAUGCAUCAACUGGUUGGUGACUCAAGCGACCAACCGGUUGGGGACUCAAAAGGGUUAGCCCCUACUCAGGUUUUUGCCUCCGUUAUUAUUUACGGGAUUACGUAACAGAGAGAGCGUUAUAAUAACUUCUUUCCGCGGAUGGGGUAUAAGCGCGUGUGAAUUGCAUUGGUGUGCUAAAGAUGUUGAUUCAUUUAAAAUAUUUCUUACAUCACAAUUCACAACUAGCAGGCUAUAAAGACAGCCACCACAUUUAUUUUGCUCUAGAUACCUAAAAAAAUACUACAAUCUUAUUUCUUUAUUAUGUCUUAUCACAUUGCAUUGUUUAAGGCCACUGUACGACAUAAUAUGUGUUAAUAGCCAUUUAGCCAAAAAUCUAUAUGUAGAGUCAUCCAUGCCGUAUUAAUUUGGCAGAACUUUGCAGGCAUAUUUUUGUUUUUGUAUAAUAAUAUAAUCUAUGAUUCAAACCUACCGCGUCUACUGCCUGUAAUGAUAAUAACAAAGCUUUGCUUAAUUCUAGGCAUGCACUCCUGAUUCAUGAAACAGGCUGAAAACAGAUAUUGUAUACAGCAAUACAGCUAUGUAGAGUCAGCGACAAAGCUAGGUUUGCACCCAUCCAUAGUCGCUUAGUGUGUGAACCUAGUUUUGUCUUUGUUUGUACAUAAUAAUUUUUCUGCAAUAAAUGGGGCAGGGUUAUGUCAAGAUUGUGUGGGUGUUGACUGACGCUAGCUCAUCUUAAUUCACAUUUUCUUAAUUCUCACUAAUAAUAUUAUAUAAAUUGGUUCUAAUCAAUUAAUUGAAAUAAAGUCUGACAUGUUUAUAUUUUGUCAUUAAUUACUAGGUAUGUAUAUGAGAUAAGUAUAAACAUUAUUUCUAUAAUAACAAUUGCAGAUUUUACGAAUAACAUAAGGUGGAUGGACCUAUCUACUAUCAGACAUAUUAUACCGAAUUGUACCUUAGUAAAAAGGUACAUAACUGUGUUAUUUGAAAUACUUGAAAAUGUAGACCAUGUAAAAUGUUCCUACAAUAUUGCCCUAACAUAAAAAGUUACAGUAUUUUUAUACAACAGCCCAUUUCACUCUACUGUUUAAUAUACAAUUGUCUGGGGCAUUAUUUUAUCUUUCUGACUUUAAAAUUUGCCUUUUCACUAGGGACGAGCAAGUAUUCAUGUAAUUUGCGAAAGUUACCAAAAGGGCCGCGGAUACAUCUGCAAGUUUUGCUCGCGUAAGUAGUUUACAUGAAUAACUUACGACUUUACUAAUGUAAAUACUCUUAUAAGUGCAUUUACAGUUUCGUUGUCAAUUAAUUACGUAAGCUUCUUACGUGAGUAAAACUUAUAGCUGUAAUCGCGGCCUAAGAUAAAUUACUAUAGGUAUAACCUAUAACUGAGGCUCCUGCGGUAGUAAAGCGGUGCGGGAGGGUACCCAAAACAAUAUUUCAUACACCCAAAAGAUGAUGCUCAUAAUAAUUGUAUGGAACCCUAAAAGAGUGGGGCCCGACUCGCACUUAGCUGGUUUUUAAUUAAGAUCAAACAGAUAUUUUGAACAGGUUUCAUAAAGAUCCAUCACUGUACAUUCUGGUACUUACAUUCUCUACUGGAAAGGCAGAAGAAUUUUCCCAUCUUUGGUGUGCUGUAUUAUACUCCUGUAACUGUAGACAAUAAUAAUAUUAUUGCCAUUCUUCAGUUUAGUAUUUAUUUGGUCAGUUAUCUAUGGGGCUGUAGUUACUUUUAAGUUCUUAUUUUGCCUAAGCUAAUUAUUAAGUACUUUAGUUGUGUGAAUACUGGAUAAGAACUUGUACAAUUUUCCAAACUUAGAAUAACUAUAUAUAUUAUGAUCUUUUCACAUGGAAGCGAGAAAGGUUGCUUGUGUGGUAUACCAGCUUGUGGAUCACUGGCGCUGCCUCACGUACAGGCGACCUCCGUGGCGGCUAUUAAGGCUGAAAGAGCCAAGAGGCGCAAGUAUGAAAAUAUUUUCAUAUUUGUACCUUUUUGGGUGGAAACUGGAAACCAUGGGGUCAUGAGGCAAGGAAAUAAUUUUUAUUUUUACAAAGAACUAAUUAAAGUUUAUUUGAACUUAUCAUAGAACAGUUUAAUAAAGUUUUGUAAAAAAAUAA